GUACUUGCUCUGGUCGCCUAUUUGAAGGGGGUUUUAGGUGGGGUUUUUGCGUUUCAUUUGCAGCUCUUUUCUUUAUUUGUUUCGCUCAAAUAUCAUCAACGAAGAAGAAGAAGCAAAAGCAUGGCAGGAAGAUUAGGAAGAAGAGUAGUACACUUCCCCAAUCUCCCAAUCAAACUCCUUAUGCCUCCUUCCUUCUCCAACAUCACCGAAAUCGCUCUCAAAACCAUUCCUUCUGCUACCAAGAUUGAAAUCAAGAGAGUUCUGGAAUCACUCUAUGGUUUCCAAGUCGAGAAAGUACAAACCCUAAAUAUGGAAGGCAAGAAGAAGAAAAGAGGUGGUAUUCUUCUUGCUAAACCUGAUUAUAAGAAAGCCUAUGUAACCCUAAAAUCCCCUCUUUCAAUUUCACCUGAUCUUUUCCCAAUUAAGGUAAUUCUCGAUGAUAAGAAGGAAUUGAAUAAGCAAUCUCAGACCACCAUUGUUGAGGAAUCAGGUGGUAGAAGAAGAUCUCAUUGGCUCGAAGGCGAGCGUUCGCCUUCCGAUUUAGCUCCUUCUCGCCAACGCCGUGAUUCCCAGGAGACUGCCAAAUUCCCAUGGACUAGCAUGAGAAAGUGAGGAACACCACUCCUGCUGCUUAGGUAGUUUUGCUAAUUUACUUCAUUCUUCUUCUUUUGUUAUUUUACUUGUCAACAUGAAGGAAGAAAUCUAUGUUGUGGAAAGAUUGUUGGUUUCUUAUGAUAAUGCUUCUGUUAUUUUAA